AUGAAAUUCAGCAUUCUCACAGCGCUUGCUCUCGCUGCUGUAAGCGUCCAAGCCCAGGUCCAAGGCGCCAGCAAGAACGUUGCUCUUUCAAACAGCCGCCCUGCUGGAAGAACCGCCGCAAACACGAAUGCUGCUCCUCCUAAGUACGCAUCCUCCCGUUCUCCUGGGGUAACAUCCACUGUGUCGAAGCCUCCACGGGACAACGGCACAUCUUCGGGCGAUGGCCAAACCUCUGGGGUCAGCUUCGGAGUAUUUACCUUCACGGACGUAACCCCUGUCGGUGCAGGUCCGGCAAAUGGGCCCACCUCCGCUGGAUACACGAUCCCUCAGUACACGGAAGGUGUCAGGCAAAGUGCUAUCUGGAACUACGAUCGCGCUACGCAGACUGUCAAGCCUGUCUGGAUCAACCCGGAUGGCUCAGCUCUGAACAUUACUAUUCACUAUGAUGCUCGUGAAUCCGGCUUCUUCUUCACCGGCGACCCAGACGCCUAUGCCGCUAAGUAUGGCGUUGAUUUCAUUGAAUGCAUGCGGUCGAUACGCUUGCAGACCCUCACCUUUGUGCCUAUCCCAUGGACCGUGGCUUGA